AUGUGCCCUCAGAUAUUCUGGUUUGACGACGAGAUAGACACAGGUGGCGAGCUCACCACCGAUGCGGCCGGGACACGCCACAUUUGUGAUUUGACACUCCAAUGUGUCGAACACUGCCUCCACCCUGAUCUUGCGAAAGCAUGCUUCACCCCGCCAGUUGACUCUCCAGGCACUGUAACAGUACUUUACGAAGUGCUCGCAGCCAUGAGACAGGAAAUGGGCCCAAUGUCGAUCGAGCGAAUGCGGAGGGAGCUGCACGAAUACAUCGAAGGUGUAGCCCGCCAGCAAGCGGUGAGGCAGGACCAGCACUUACCCGAUCCUUGGUAUCAUUUUGACAUUAGGAUCGCGGACAUUGGUGUCUAUCCUUCCAUUACCCAAACCGAGUUCGCGAUGGAUUUCGAGCUGCCAGACUCCACCAGAUACCAUGAAGCAAUGGAGACAAUUGCGACGGAGUGUACGAGACUGUCCAUUUUGAUUAAUGAAAUCCUGAGUGUGCAAAAGGAAUUUCAUGUCGGUCAACUUGAAAACAUGGUCCUCCUCUUCAUGAACACGGAAAACAUUUCAGUUCAUGAGUCUGUGCAUAGGAUUAUCGGUCUCAUCAGGAAACAUUAUGCAGCGUGUGAGGAUGCUGUGGCCCGUCUUCCCUGGACCGAUGAUGAGGUGGCGAAUGAGCAUAUACGUGAAUAUCUCAGAGGUUGCCGCCGGCUAGCAACUGGUACCGGGCAUUGGGCAUACUUGUGUACACGGUACUUCGACGAGACGCAGCUGGAUGAGAAGUGUGGACUGGUCAUGAAUUUCGCAGCGCCUGGUGAUGGUCGCGCAACUUAG